AGGCGAAACUUAAGUGAUUGGUUUCGUACAUUUGUGAAUCCAUCAAAUAGAAAAAGUGAAGAAAACGAAAGCCGUAGUUAAAUACCAUGCAAGCGAUCAAGUGUGUCGUCGUUGGUGACGGCGCCGUGGGUAAGACAUGUCUACUCAUCAGCUACACCACAAAUGCUUUUCCCGGAGAGUAUAUUCCCACUGUUUUCGAUAACUAUUCAGCUAACGUAAUGGUGGAUGGGAAACCUAUCAAUCUGGGUUUGUGGGAUACAGCUGGACAGGAGGAUUACGAUCGUCUCCGGCCAUUGUCAUACCCUCAAACGGACGUGUUCUUAACCUGCUUUUCCCUCGUCAAUCCGGCGUCUUUCGAAAACAUCCGUGCAAAGUGGUAUCCUGAAGUGAGGCAUCACUGUCCGAAUACUCCGAUAAUCCUUGUCGGUACGAAGCUCGACCUUCGUGAGGACAAAGAUACGCUGGAGAAGUUGAAGGAUAAGAAGUUAGCUCCUAUCAAUUAUCCCCAGGGAUUGGCGAUGGCGAAGGAGAUCGGCGCAGUGAAGUAUUUGGAGUGCUCGGCGUUGACGCAAAAGGGUCUCAAAACAGUCUUCGACGAAGCCAUUCGCGCUGUUCUUUGUCCCAAGCCGAAGCAGAAACCCAGACGGAAGUGCUCGUUGUUGUAGACCCCAGCGAAUGUCAUGCAUUUCGCGCAUGACGGCAUGAACCCUCCGCUUUCCGGUGACCUUGUGCAAAGAGGCGAAGAUGAAACUCAAUGUCCCCGUUACUUCUGGAAACAAAAAAAGGUCGUUCAAGGUUUCAUACCGACGAGGAAUUUGCUGUUUUGUGCUCCCCAUCAGGUUAAAUUGAAGGCGGAUCAGGGCAAAAUGUUCUGGGGUUUACCUGUUUUUAUCCAUUUGUUGGACCCUCUGAUUUGACGGUGUGUCUGCGAUCGGAGCGUCUAAGAGUAAUGCUUUAGGAGAUCUUGUUUUCAAUGGGACGAUGUCUUAUCGCUUGUCCUGUCUUUUUAUCUCUAGUUAUCACUUUUUAUCUCUAGUUUUGCCGGAAGGCACUUACAAGGUUGGCCCGCAAUUGGUUGUCAACUGCAGUAUUUGAAUGCGAACAUUUUUGAAUUGGCUUACUUUGAGAUUGAUCCGUUGCGUAACUAACUCCAGACUAUUUGCGGAAAUUGCUCAAUUUUGUUCUCAUACCAGGGGUUUCUUGAUAGUUGUGAGAGUCACCGACACAAAUUACCACUGCAGGGCAAUGAAACCGAAUGGUUGAUGCUCUGCAAUUUUUUUAUUUCUGAAAGUUGGAUCUAUACCAUCGCAAGCAGUUGAAGAUGAGAUACAUUUAGAACUAGUUUGAAAUUUGAAGAUCAUUAGCUUUUGGAGGAAUUUGGGAGAAAUUGAAAGAAAAUUGGUCAUGCUUCCAGUUUUGGUGAAGGUCCUCGAACUUGCGUUUUUAUUUUUUAAUAUUUAACAUAAUUUCUGGCCAUGUUCUCAAAUGUCUUUGGCAAGUGUUUGGUUUGGAGUGAGCUUAUUUCCAUAAAAAGGUCGGCUCUGUUCAUAGCGAGAAUAAUGUCCAAUCCAAAUUUUUCAUAACCAUCUUGCAGCAGUUUUAAGUUGUUCAACUUCUUGCGUGAUUGACGUACGAUUCAGAACUAAAUUUAUAAUGAAAAACGGCAUUUUUUCCGCAAAAGUAUCUCUGGCAGUCCUAAUUUAGCUGUAAAUUAUUCUUUAAGAUAAAUAGGGAUGAUGUUUUAAAGAUGAUUAUAGAAUGUUUCUUUCAACUGCUGUGAAGGUUAGUGGGUGAUUUGCAAUACCUUUGAGAACCCCCUUGUAGUUGAUGAACAGGGUCAAUGAGAAGGUCCUAAUGACUAAGAUUUUGAUAGUUGGUUUGCGGUUAUUCUUCAUGAAGCUUUAUAGUUCUUGAUACAUUUUCAAUAUAAUCUGUUGGUUUGUCGUUUUCCCAUUUGAUUUGCUCCUUCCAGGUCAAUGUUGGGUCAAGGAAUAUGCUUUGCUUUAUUGCCAGUCCGCGGCUUAGGUGAACGUGCCUUUAUAAUAUUUAUAGAGAAACAAAGAAUUUGACUUCGGCGAACAGGAAGAGAGAACACCAUUAGUGGCGGUGCUACGAGUGUCGAGUGAGUGGUUGGUUUUGCUGAAGGGGCAUUUCUCUGCUCGUUGCCGCAUUCUGCAUAGCAUUUCCGAGUUACUACUCCGUGGAAGCUCUGAUUUUGUGCACCAUUCCAGAUUUUUGAGCUUGCGGUUAUUUUUGGGAGUGUGAGAGUGAUUUGUUGCUGAGUUCAGUGGAUGGCCGCGGCGCUGUACGGUGAAUGAGCGCGUAUUUUUUUUAAUUGCUUUUGGGACGUUGAUUGACUUCCUGAUGAAGCAUCGGGUAUUGAGUAGAGGGACCCGUGUCUUGUUCCGCUCCUUCUUCGCCGUUUAUUGGGCUAACUUGGCAGGGCGUGAAAGGUGGAUGUGUUGCCCAUGUGUCUGGGGAUUUUGAAAUACUUUUAUCUAUGUGUAAGCAAUUGUGUCAUUUGAGCUCAAAUACAAGAGAUUAAUUAUUGGCUACUUA